CUGAAGAAACAACCCAAGCGGCGGUGUGCCACCCCAGUUGAUGGAAGACAUAAUUCUCAGGGACAGAUAACAAUGAAAAGGAAGGGAGAUAUUGCUGACUUUUUUGUAAAGAGGCACAAAUCAGGCCCAGAUCAGGCCCAGGCAGACCCCACCCCUGAAACCAGCAGCCCUGGCAGCUCUCAACCGGGAGCUAGCCAGGCAAGUCAGUGUGAGCAUAGACAAGGACCCAGUCUACCACCACCAGACAUCAAUAAUGACUGGCCAGACCUGUGGAGUGCUAAACAAACAGAAGACUUCAAAUCCAAGAACCCCUGGUUGGGAUCCAAAAACAAAAAAUUGGGAUGUCUGGUCUGUAGCAGUAUGAACUCCAUUGGGAUCGACAAGGAGCAAGGUGUAUCGCUCUCAAGAGAAUGGAUGAACUUUGAAAUUCAAGUGUCUGGCCAGGGAAGUAGAACAACAAGUUUGUCAGUCUUGAGAAAUAAGGUGAGGAAACAUGCGUUGUCCAAGGCCCACACUCAGGCUGUGAAGGUGGCAGAGCAACAGAAAGAAGCUGCCAUUGAGAAUGCAGUGGAGACUAUGACUGAGUCCUACAUGAAGGAAACUGAAGCUGUGUUUCGAACAGCCUACCAUCUGGCCAAAAAGAACCGACCCUUUUCUGACCAUGAGAGCCUCAUUGAGCUGCAGGAACUGAAUGGUGUAUGUUGUAUGUAGCCUUAUGAACAAUAUAAGCUCAGACAAGAGGGCUGUCCUUCUGAUCUCAAACAUAUCAAACUUGAUGAUGAUUAAUAUCAACGGCCCACCAACUUCCAAGUUUGAUCCUAGAAAAUAUACAAGGACCUGGUUGAAGAGCCAUCGUGCUGCCUCUUCUGUGCGUUCUAGACAGUGCAGUGUGAAAGCUCCUGCAGAAAGCAAAUUUGUCUGGAAUAUACUGUAGUAUGGGCAAAGGUCAGAAACCCAGUGCUGGGUUGAGAGAGUAUAUCACUGUUGAUGUUUUGUUAAUGCAUAUAUUUUUGUUAAUUGUUAACUAAAUAUUGUUGUAACAUAUUAUUUUGUUGAAUGAUUUACCGGUAAAUGAACAUGUUCAAAACAAAGCAUUAAUUCAAAAAAUGAUGAUAUUCAAUAUUUGUAGCGAUAUUUAUAUAUAUCUAACGAAGUAUUCUAUAUAAAUAGUGUUCAGCAAUUGAAAACCAAAUUCAAUUUUAUGACAGUGCACUUUUAAGUUUAUCUGAUUGGUUUUGAUGUUUGGAAGAGAAUGAUUUGUGUGUUUUAUUUAAGAUGAAAUAUGAACAAGGAUGCAUUGUCAACUUCAGAUUUGAAGUAUUUUAUUUAAAUAAAUGUGCAA